AUGCCCUUGAAGCCAAGGCAGUCUAAGAAAAAUUCUGUGGCUCCAAAAAGAAAAUUGGGGUUGGACUCGUCUUCUUCCCCCUUGACUGCUGCCAAGAAAAGAUUGAAGGUUCAUCCCCUUUCUCUGUCUUCCUCCGAAUCUAACCCUGAGGAAGGAACAUCUGAGUCUGAAGCAACCCAUGAUACCACCUUAUCUGAUGACACUGUUCCUGACAAUGCGGAAUUAGAGGCUGAGUCUGAUGAACUAGAACAAGAAGACAUUGUCCCCUCUGAACAAGAAGUCGAAUCUGACACAGAGCCAGUUGCAUCUCCCUUGUCAUCCAAAGCUAAAGGCAAGAGACCCAUUUCUGAUUCUACACCCUCUCCAAAACGUUCAGGUGUAAAUUUCAAACCUUAUUCUUCAACUUUUAGUUAUAAUGACAAUGCUCGUGAUAUGGUUCUCUAUGCUCAAAGGAAAUUUAUCAUUGAGAGAAAUUAUGUCUUGAGUGAUCAUCGGCCUUAUGGUGUGCUAACAAUGCUUCAAGAUCAAAAAUGGACAGGUUCUUUGGUUAAAUUUACUGGUUUUGUGGAUAGAAUAGUCAAGGAAUUCUAUGCCAAUCUUACUAAUGAAAUUAUUGAGCCUAAAUCUCCUCUGUAUUGUAAAGUGAUUGUUAGGGGCCAUUGGUUCUCUUUUUCUCCUCAAGACAUUGCCCAUGCUUUGCAUCUUCCUCUUGAUGUCUUGGGUCAUUACAUUGCCACUCUUGACAAGGAUGCGGUUAUCACUGAAUUAGUAGGGCAAAAAAUGGUAUGGCCAUCUAAUACAGUCAUCUCGGUCUCUAAUGUCACCUACACCUAUGUUGUCCUCCAUAAGUUUGCCACAACGAAUUGGAAACCAACUUCUCACACCGCAACUAUCUCAUUUGACAUGACCUCGUUUUUGUACAAAGUGGGGACCGGUAUUGGUAUAAACUUGGCUAUGGUCAUCCAUGAUCAAAUCAUUGGAUUUCGAAAAGGUAAUAGGAAAAACUUGAAUCUUCCUUUUCCUCAAGUUAUUUAUAAAGUUUUGAGUAUGCAGAAAAAAGAUCUCCAACGUGAUCAAGAAGACUUGGUGGCUCCCACUACUGCUGCUUCCUACAAGGCCUCUGCUCCUCCUACUGAAGCCACUGAUGCUUCAUCAACCAAGAAAGUCAAGCCCCAAUCUCUGAAGUUUGCCUCGGAUGACAUUCCUCAUGCAUCCUCCUCUGUUCCGACAGAUUCAGGACUUGUUGCUACAGAACUAACUGAUGUUUGA